UUUGAUUUGAUCUGUCUCGACGUCUUAUAAACAUUCACUCCUUUACGAAGAGACAAAGAGAAAACAUACUGAGAAGAGAUGGAAAAGAAUGGUUCUUCAAUUUCUGUACUCAUGGUUCUUUUUCUUCUUAGCUUCUUCUUUCACCAUACCGAAUCUGCUUUGCCUGCUGAUCAUAAACAACUCUCAAUAACUGGGAGGAGAAUUUUGGCGGUUUAUAAGCACAAUGGUGCGAUAGGAACACCCUCAUCAAGAAGUGGACGCGGUGGUGGUCACGGGAGGCGAUUAAUGAGUAUAUAUAAGCCAAAUGGAGAUAUCUAUACAAGACCGUCAAGCAGUGGACAUGGUGGUGGUCGCAUUCAUCAACAUUCCUCUCCUUAGCUUUUGAACUGUCCACAAAACUGGAAACUUAUCUUUUAUGAAUUGUGAUUUGUCUUUUAUGUGAUGAUCAUGAUUAUAUCAUUUGUCUGUGUGUUUAGUCGUUGUUUUGCUUUGUUUGUUUGUCUUCGUUUCACUGUGUCAUUCCCGAGACUUUAACCAUACGCGUUUGUUAAUGUUUUUUUUUUUUGACUAAAAUGAACCGCCGAGAAGAGUCGGUACGAAUUUAAAUGUUAAAAAAAAAAGAAAAAAAAAUCUCCGGCUUUUUAAUGUGA